GCGAGAGGGCGGAUUGCGGUACGGGCUGCAGCGAUGGACGCCGUGGACGCCGCCAGUGGGCCGUCUCUGUGAUGUGGCGCGUGCGGGUCGCCAUGCGGCGCCGCUGGUCGGUGCUGGCGGCCGUGCUGCUGACGCUGGCCGUGGCGGCGUUGGUGAGCGGACCCUGGUCGCCCGCCGCUGAGCUGGGCCGGGCCAGCGCCGGCCCGGCCCUUCCGCUGAAGGCCCCAUCCGCCUCCCAGCCGCCACUCGAGUUCUACGGCGCCGCCCGCAACCUCUUCUCAAGCGCGUCCAGGCCAGUGACAGAACCAGGCGCACCGGCCCCGCCGGCACCUGCCGCCGGCGCUCCGAGCCAGACUGCCCCUUCGCUGGGAGAGCCGAGCUCCCAGGCUCCUCCGGCAGGCCUAGUGAGCCCCAGCGACCUGAACGGCCCCGCCGCGUUAGGAAGGCCGAAGGAGCGCUCCUUCGAAGGCUACGACCGCGAGGUGGACCGCGUGGAGGCGGCCGACGUGCCGCCGCUCUCGGACGACUGGCUGCGCGACCGCGAGCGCGUGUACGCCGAACGUCGGCACAGGCUGCGGCGCACCUGCGAGCGACUACACAUCCGCCUGGCCGACUCCAACACCGAGAGGAGCGUGCUGCCCCAGCCGAGCGAGCCGUCAGACUCGCCAGUGGAGCAGGUGAAGUUGACCCAUUUUACGGUGGUUCCGCCGCUGAAGACGAUGACAUGCUUGGUGAACAAGGCGGCCUCCACAUCGCUGCUGGCCACCUUCCUCAAGCUGACCGGUCACGGUGUGCCCAUGUUCUCCGCCGAGCCCAGCCCGCACUCCAUCGCCAAAGUGCUGCACCCCACGAAGCCGGGCCAGUUCGAGCUUGCUAAAAAGCAGUAUUUCAAGUUUAUGUUCGUGCGCCACCCGCUGGAGCGUCUGAUUUCGGCCUACGAGGACAAGGUGGUGCGUGCCAACCACCCCAGCCUGUUGGCGCUCAGAAGGUCCAUACUGGCCACCCACGAGGACCUCUACAUACGCCAGCGCGUCUACGAGCUGCUCAGGGCCGGCACCGGGAACGACACGGCCCUGCUGGCAGACUACGACGCCCAGCUGGCCGAGUACCGGGGCCAGGUGGAGCAGAGACAUGGCGUGCCCACAUUCGCCGAGUUCCUCGACUUCGUGCUGGCCAGUGAGCCCACCGGAGACACUUUCGACAGUCACUGGACGCCCUACUGGCGACAGUGCGCGCCCUGCCACAUGGACUAUGACGUCAUCGGAAUGCUGGAAACCGGCGCUGAUGACUUCAAGUACAUGUGGCACCGAAUGAAGAUCUACUCGUCGGUGAGGAUUCCGCGGCAGAACGCGCUCCAGCGCAACAGCACGGCGCUGGAGGAGCACGCCAGGCGCUACCUGGCGCCCGUGCACCCGGCCACCGUGGCGCGCCUCGGCCACCGAUUUCGGCUCGACUUCGAGUUGUUCGGCUACGACUGGGAGCAGAUGCUGCGCCUGUCGGGCCACUGCGCGGCCACCGGGCGCUGCGUGCUCGCUUAGCGUCAGCGGCCGCGGUAGCCGGGCGCGCGUCUGCCCGCGUAUGCGUGCCGUGCUGUGGCCCCGCGUGGCGCGAGGUGUGGGCCGUGCUGUGGCCGCGCGUGGCGCGAGGUGUGGGCCGUGCUGGGGCCCCGCGCGGCGUGAGGUGUGGGCCGUGCUGGGACUCCGCGUGGCGUGAGGUGUGGGCCGUGUGCGGGUGGAGGCGGGGCUCACGUGGUGCUCAGCUGUCUGUCGUGCGCGCCGGGGCGCCAUCCUUCGAACUGUGAUAGUUUGCUAAUGAACUGCAGCCAUAGUGUGAAUACAGAACAUAUGACAUA